AAUGUAGGUGACUUUUAAUUUUUGACAAGGAGAAAUGAGCUGCACCUAUUUUUAGGAAAGCAGAUUCCCAAUGUGGCAUUUAAUCUGUAGAUACAAAUAUAGUUUUGGAACUGCAGUGGGGAACUCAAGUGGACGAAGUGAUCGAUGUUUUCCUGAGGUGGCAUCAGGGUCAUGGAAAGUUCCAGAGUGGGUGUUUGUUGCCUGUUCCCUCCCCGCUCCCUCCCUGCUGCUGCUGCUCCUCCUCUUUUCCCCUCCCUGAAAAAGCCUGGCAUAAACAGCCCACCCACAUGCAGAAUACCAACAAAGCUACCCCAGUCUGCACUGCCAGUGCAGAACUUGACCAGAACUUAACAGAUUCUAUUUGCAGGGUAGCAAAUAGCAAUUUCUGACUUUAUAAUUUUUUUGGAAGUACCGAAGACUGGAGACAUGUCUGAAAUGACUGGGCAUGUCCUUAAUCCCUCUUCAGUCCAUUUUAGGCAUUCAGUAGAAGAAGGAUAUAAGUAGAGGAGUAGAGGAGAAGCAAAAGAUUAUGAUGCAUGAUUAUCACAGAAGAAAUUCAUGUCUAUAGCUCUUAAGGACUUUAUUACAUCAUCUUCAAGCCUGAUAGUUUUGGAAUCCAUAUUGCAGCUGCGAAGACACGUCUGCUUUUGUAUUUCAACAAACAUAUUCCGUCAGAAGAUACUGCAACUGAAGUGCUCUGUUUUAAUACAGUGAUACCAUUGGAUUAUUUUAAGAUUUCCCAGUUAAAAAUUUACAGUAAUAUAUUUUCUUGCCAGACCAACACCAAAAUGAUUCCUAAUGGAUAUUUGAUGUUUGAAGAUGAAAACUUCAUUGAGUCAUCUGUUGCCAAACUAAAUGCCUUACGUAAAAGUGGUCAGUUCUGCGAUGUCCGUCUUCAGGUAUGUGGACAUGAGAUGUUGGCACACCGAGCCGUGCUAGCUUGCUGCAGUCCCUACCUAUUUGAAAUCUUCAAUAGCGAUAGUGAUUCUCAUGGAAUUUCCCAUGUUAAAUUUGAUGAUCUCAAUCCAGAAGCUGUUGAAGUUCUGUUGAAUUAUGCCUAUACUGCUCAGUUAAAAGCUGAUAAAGAACUGGUGAAAGAUGUAUACUCUGCAGCAAAGAAGUUGAAGAUGGAGAGAGUUAAGCAGGUUUGUGGUGACUAUUUGCUCUCCAAGAUGGAUGUUCAGAGCUGCAUCUCUUACCGAAACUUUGCAAGUUGCAUGGGAGACUCACGUUUGCUGAACAAGAUCGAUGGCUACAUUCAGGAACAUCUUUUACAGAUUUCAGAACAGGAAGAAUUUCUCAAACUUCCAAGGUUAAAGCUCGAAGUAAUGCUGGAAGACAAUGUUGGCCUACCCAGCAAUGGCAAAUUGUACACAAAGGUAAUCAACUGGGUACAGCGCAGCAUCUGGGAGAAUGGAGACAGCCUGGAAGAUCUAAUGGAAGAGGUUCAAACGCUGUACUACUCAGCUGAUCACAAGCUGCUUGAUGGAAAUCUGCUAGAUGGACAGGCUGAGGUGUAUGGCAGUGAUGAUGACCACAUUCAGUUUGUGCAGAAGAAGCCACCACGUGAGAAUGAUCACAAGCAGAUCAGUAGCAGCUCCUCUGGAAGUCUUUCUCCAAAUGCUACUGUUCAGAGUCCUAAACACGAGUGGAAAAUCAUUGCUUCAGAGAAAACUUCAAGUAACACCUACCUGUGUCUUGCUGUUCUGGAUGGUGUGCUGUGCGUGAUAUUCCUGCACGGCCGUAACAGCCCUCAGAGCUCUCCCACGAGUACGCCACGACUGCUGAAGAGUCUGAGUUUUGAGCUUCAACCAAACAAUAUCAUAGAGAAGCCCAUGUCUCCAAUGCAGUAUGCUCGGUCUGGACUGGGCACGGCCGAACUUAAUGGCAAGCUUAUCGCUGCAGGUGGAUAUAACAGAGAGGAGUGUUUGCGCACAGUGGAAUGCUACGAUCCACAAAAGGACACCUGGACUUUCAUUGCACCGAUGAGAACACCAAGAGCUCGGUUCCAGAUGGCAGUUUUAAUGGGGCAGCUAUAUGUUGUGGGUGGGUCAAACGGUCACUCGGAUGACUUGAGCUGUGGAGAAAUGUAUGAGCCAGAAAUAGAUGACUGGACUCCUGUUCCGGAACUGAGAACCAAUCGCUGCAAUGCAGGAGUAUGUGCCCUGAAUGGAAAACUGUACAUUGUUGGUGGUUCAGAUCCUUAUGGCCAAAAGGGACUUAAGAACUGUGAUGUGUUUGAACCCAUAACAAAAUCUUGGACAAGCUGUGCUCCCCUUAAUAUCCGGAGACAUCAGUCUGCAGUGUGUGAGCUGGGUGGAUAUCUGUACAUCAUUGGAGGAGCAGAAUCAUGGAACUGCCUGAAUAGCGUGGAGCGUUACAACCCAGAGAACAACACUUGGACUCUGAUUGCACCCAUGAACGUGGCUCGACGAGGGGCCGGAGUGGCUGUUCGUGAUGGAAAACUCUUUGUUGGUGGAGGCUUUGAUGGCUCUCACGCGGUGAGCUGCGUGGAGAUGUACGACCCUGCUAAGAACGAAUGGAAGAUGAUGGGAAGCAUGACUACACCAAGGAGCAACGCCGGGAUUACCACGGUGGCAAACACUAUUUAUGCAGUUGGGGGAUUUGAUGGCAAUGAGUUCUUGAACACAGUUGAAGUCUACAAUCCUGAGUCAAAUGAAUGGAGCCCCUACACGAAAAUUUACAAGUUUUAAGUGAAUUAAAUUCCCUUUUUCAGACUAACAGGCUUAGUGAUGUAAUUGUGUUUUAGUAGAGGUACACAUGUGAAUAGGGUUGGGGAGGGCAUAGAUGUUGCCAACAGCAACACCGAGCUUUUGCAUAUUGCAUAUUAAUGUGCUGUACAUAUUUGUUUUGGAAAGAAUAUCAAGAUGAAGGGGUUUUUGUGUAUUUUAGAACUUUGUUUUAGGGUUGUUUUUUUUUUUAAGAUUUUUGAAGAUAACGCAAGAGAAACUAGACUGGGCAUAUCAUUUCAGGAGCUUCCCCCAGUGUUUUGUCACUUUGCACAUUAAACAACUUUUCCUGUAGGCUGCGUUCUUGGGGCAGGAAGUGUAAGGUUUGUGGGGGAUUGUUUUAUUCAUCAGGCCUUGUUUUUCCUUCAGUAACUGGAACAAUCUGUAACAAGAAGCCUUAUUUAAAUAGAUAUAAUGGCUAUUUUUUUUAUUAAAAAAAGCUGACAUGCCUGCCAAUACCUUAUCUUUUAUGAUUGCCUUUUUAUAACUUUUUAUAUAUUCAGCAGAGUAUUUUAUCUGUUGAAAUGAAAAUGGCAGAUAAAUGGUUAUUGAAGCAAAGAGACAACCUUGGAGAUCAUAGAGACCAACUGGGACAACCGCUUUACCACUGUUGGUGAGCUUCUGAGCUUCUGCCUCUGCUACAAUAUUGUAACUUAGUAUGUAUGUGAGAGGUUCCUUAGAGCUGAAUGGAGUUUCUGAACAUAACAUAGCUGUGACUUUCUAGGACAGGAAAAUUAUUUUGGCUCCAACUAUUUUGACGAAAAUGCAGAGGGUGCUUUCUGUACAGCAGGUUUGUUACUAUGGGUGAGGUAACCUUUGUAAAACAAAAACUUCAGUGUGGGGGUUUUCUCAUGGUUUUUAAACUCUUGCCAGCUGGCAAUGAAAAUGUAUUCAUCUGAUUAGUAACUGUCUUAUUUUUCUAAUAUUACAAGCUGAAAGUGUGAUAGAACACAAAUGACUUGAUUUCGUAUGUGCUCAUAGUACUAUGUUUUAGUUCACUUUCUCUAUUCAUAUGGAUAAAAUGUUGGUUAGGAUGACUUGGUGUCUAAUGUGUAGUGCUGCACAUCUAACUCCUAGUGCCAAAACUAGCACUGACUGCUUGCUGCUGAUGCAAACACAUUAAAGGUACCUUCUGGGAAAUCCUUGCACCACAGGA